UCCCCCUCCCCUGCCUUCUCGCCUGCCCCCGCACCACCCCUGCCACGCCCGCCGCUCCAGCUGCCCGGCCGUCCGUCCAGUCACCACCGCGCCGGCAUUGUUUAGCAACUGGCCGUGGCGUACGUAUCGAUGUCUAUGCCACGCGCCGGCCGGUUCCUGUUCUGCAUUGCCGCCGUGGUGCUCGUCGUGGUGCCGCCGGCGGGCGUGGCCGGGCACACGCGGGGCGUGCGGCCGGGGCGGGCGGCGGGGCGGCCGUUCCCGGAGAACGCGACGCGGGCGGAGGAGCUGGAGCGGCUGUUCAUGCGGUGGGUGCGCUACGUGGGCGGCCUCAAGCACAGCACCUUCCACCACGCGCCGCUCGCCCGCGCCUUCCCGUCCUACUCGCUCGUCGUCGACAAGGACCCCGCGGCCGGCGACUUCACGUCCGUCCAGGCCGCCGUCGACUCGCUCCCGACCAUCAACCUCGUCCGCGUCGUCAUCAAGGUCAACGCCGGAACCUACACGGAGAAGGUGACGAUAUCGUCGAUGCGCGCGUUCAUCACCCUGGAGGGCGCCGGCGCGGACAAGACGAUCGUGCAGUGGGGGGACACGGCGGACACGCCCGCCGGGCCGAGGGGGCGCCCGCUCGGCACGUACGGGUCCGCGUCGUUCGCCGUGAACGCGCAGUACUUCAUCGCCAGGAACAUCACCUUCAAGAACACGGCGCCGGUGCCGAACGCGGGGGCGACGGGGAAGCAGGCGGUGGCGCUGCGGGUGUCGGCGGACAACGCGGCGUUCGUGGGGUGCCGGUUCCUGGGCGCGCAGGACACGCUCUACGACCAGUCGGGGCGCCACUACUACAAGGACUGCUACAUCGAGGGGUCCAUCGACUUCAUCUUCGGCAACGCGCUCUCCCUCUACGAGGGCUGCCACGUGCACGCGAUCGCGCGGGACUACGGGGCGCUGACGGCGCAGAACCGGCAGAGCAUGCUGGAGGACACGGGGUUCUCGUUCGUCGGCUGCAGGGUGACGGGGUCGGGGGCGCUCUACCUGGGCCGGGCCUGGGGCACCUUCUCCCGCGUCGUCUUCGCCUACACCUACAUGGACGACAUCAUCGUCCCGCGCGGCUGGUCCAACUGGGGCGACCCCAGCCGCGAGCUGACGGUGUUCUACGGGCAGUACAAGUGCACGGGCCCCGGCGCCAGCUACUCCGGCAGGGUGUCCUGGUCGCGGGAGCUCACCGACGAGGAGGCCAAGCCCUUCAUCUCCCUCAGCUUCAUCGACGGCACCGAGUGGAUCAGGAUCUGACCGGGGCCGCGUUCGAUGUAGUAACACGCACACACUUAGUCAUGUAAAGAAGAGGGAGUGGAAAGACAAAGUGAAUGAAUUUAUACAGAUUCUUUGGCA